AUGGAUGAAGAGAGUCUGGAAGUAGCAAUUCAGAGCUACAAUGCCCAGCUGAAGCAAGUGGAGCUGGCUUUAGGGGCAGGCCUGGACCCAUCGCAGCAGUCAGACUUGAUUCAGUUGCAGGAAGAUUUAAAGCAGCUGAUAGAACUGACCGAGUCCAGCCUGGUGUCUGUUAAAAAGAGCAAACUUCUGGCUACUUUAGAUACAGAUGCCACCUCCUCCUCCCCAGUAGGUCUCCUGGAGCAGGAUGCCAACCCAGACAGUUCUGCUCAAGAUGAGGAGUACGCUGCUUUUAAGGAAGCCAUUGCUGAGCUUGGAACUGACGAGGAGCCCUCAGCUAAUAACAGUGAGAUCUCAUCAAAGAGAGAUGAAGAAACUGAUGACAAAACAGAAUCAAAGUAUAGUGAGGAGGAGGAGGAGUCUGACAGAGAGGACGAGGAAGAGGAAUUGAGUGGGAUGAAGGUUAAAGCCCCCUACUACAGUUCCUGGGGGACCCUGGAGUACCAUAAUGCCAUGAUUGUGGGGACAGAGGACUUAGAAGAUGGCAGUGCAGGAGUCAGAGUGCUGUACCUCUAUCCAACUCACAAGUCUCUGAAGCCGUGCCCGUUCUUCUUGGAUGACAAAUGCAGAUUUAAAGAGAACUGUCGGUUUUCACAUGGUCAGGUGGUCUCUGUGGAAGAGCUUCAGCCGUUUCAGGAGCCCAAUCUGAGCGCACUGGAGGUGGGCUCAGCCUGCCUGGCGAAACACAGCGAUGGAAUAUGGUACACUGCAAAAAUAACCGACAUCGACAGUGGUUACUACACCGUGAAGUUUGAUUCCUUGCUGCUCAAGGAAGCUGUUGUGGAAGGAGAUAGUGUCAUUCCCCCGCUGCGAAGUGAAGAUGGUACCGAAUCUGCCGAGUCUGAUGAAGACAGUGUCGAUGAUUCUGCUUAUGCUAAAGUAAUAGAUUCAGGGAUUCCAGAGAACGGGGAAUGGACUCCUGCAUGCAGUUCCUCUUUCGGUGGCUGGGAAGCCCAUACUCGUGGUAUCGGCUCCAAAUUGCUUGUUCAGAUGGGAUACGAGUUUGGAAAAGGGUUAGGGAAGAAUUCUGAGGGCCGAGUGGAGCCAGUGCAGGCCGUGGUCCUUCCUCGAGGGAAGUCCCUUGACCAGUGUGCUGAGGUGCUUCAGAAGAAGAAACAGGGAAAGCUGGACCCAGGCACAUCGAGGAAAUGCCGAGCAAAGGGAAACAGCUCUGGACAGUCCCCUGCGGGCAGCCGUAAGCCUCCCCGCAACGUGUUUGACUUUUUGAAUGAGAAACUGCGAGGGAAGAGCACUGGGGAGAAGGCUGGAGGGAUGGCACUGCCAGAGAGGAACAGCAAAGAGAUCUACCAUGCUAGCAAGAGCACCAAGAAGGCCCUGAGUGUCCGCCUCUUCCAGACAAUGGAGAAGAUUGAACAGACACAGAAGGAUAUCAGAGGAAUCCAGCAGGCCCUGGCACGCAACAUUGGACGGCACAGCAUUGCUACAGCUCAGCUGGAGGAGAAGCUGGCUAAUGCGCACAAACAGCUGGGGCAGCUGCAGGCCCAGGAAGCCAGUCUGCAGCGGGAGCAGAAGAAAGCAGACACGCAUAAGAAGAUGACUGAGUUCUAGUCUCCCAGGAAGGCGUUUGACUGCAGUGAUUGUCCUUCUAGCCAGCCCCACUGCUUGUGGCCCCAGAGCCUGGGCGAGCCAUCCUGCUCCUCUGGGCCUUGGGCUGCCCAGCCUGAAAAUUGGGCUGAAAAGCAGCAGUUUCUAAAACUAGA